AUAUAUAUAUAUAAAAGAUACAAAUACAUGUGAAAGUUUGAAACAAUCUAUUCAAUGAAAAAUAUACCGUAAACUUAUUAUGUUUUAAAAAUUGAUACACAUAUAUAUUAUAAUAUAUAGUAAUUUCGAAUUAAAAACAAAAUAUUUAUAUAAAAAUAAAUGAAAACAAAAAUCCGCGCUGGUCGAGAUGUAGUUAAUAUUAAAAUUUUAAAAAGAAUCUUGCCUGUCGUCAUUGGAUGCGUAGGACUUACGGGAUUUAUGGUACCAUACUGUGUUUAAAUUAUGCUUUGUGUAUUAUCUUCUUCUUUUUUGUAACUGUGAUUUGUGUAUUAUCGGCUCGUAGAAUCUCAAUAUUUGCGAACCUAUUAACUAUUUUGAAGAUUUUUAUAAUCCUGGAGUAUAGAAUAUAGACAAAGGAUACUAAGAGCAUCAUUAAUGGGAGUUCUACCCGAGUAUAUUUGAAACAGUUUACGCCACUCUAGAGUCAAUACUAAUUAAAAAUAGUCCAAAUGUGUCAGGAGAACCAAAUAUGAAUUCUUACGGCAGAUGGAACUUUCCUGGAAAACGACAGUUUAUCAUUAAUCCAUAAAAUAUAAGAAAAAUAAAUAAUUAAUAUAAAGGAUAUGCAGAAAAGAACAGUCAACCCCCAGAAUCGUCAAGUCACAUGAAAACGAACGUCGAUUCUGACUCGGUGAAAAUCCAGUCUUAUAUAUAUAUAUAUAAGCACCACAAUAUGCACCAUCCACAAAUCUCUUACUAAAUAACAUUAACUCAUUCAGAGCAAACCAAUUUUGAACUACCAGAGACUAAGUAGACAAGUUCUAUGGAGGGAACACACAGAAGGAGCCAAAAUCAAAUACAAGAUGACAAGCAAGCUCGUUUCCGAGGCGUGCGGAGGAGGCCCUGGGGAAAAUUUGCUGCAGAGAUUCGAGACCCCUCAAGGAACGGUGCCCGUCUUUGGCUCGGAACAUUUGAGACCGCUGAGGAUGCGGCAAGGGCGUAUGACCGAGCCGCCUAUAACCUCAGAGGCCAUCUCGCCAUACUUAACUUCCCUAAUGAGUAUUAUUCGCGUAUGGACGACUAUUCGCUUCGCCCUCCGUAUUCUUCUUCUUCUUCAUCUUCGGGUUCAACUUCGACGGGUGUGAGUCGACAAAAUCAACGGGAAGUUUUUGAGUUUGAGUAUUUGGACGAUAAGGUUCUUGAAGAACUUCUCGAUUCAGAAGAAAGAAAUAAACGGUAGUCUUGUCUUAUAUACUAUAUGUGGCGUUCUGAUGGCUAGCUAGAUACGUGCAUUAUGUGCAUGUUUGUUUAUUUAGUACUUAUUUUGGAAUUUUGUUCGCAUACCACGGCCAUAAAUUGUAAGAUACGGUGUACUUUGCGUAUCAAUGAAAUAUGAUUGUCAGAUGAUUUACGUACGUACCAGUUUACAUUAGGUCUUCGAAUAUUUCUUUGACGAGAUUUUCAUGAAGUUAUUAUAUGAUGUCAAUAGUAUGCAGGCCUAAUCGUAUCACUUUAAUUGAUUUCACAGACAAAGUACACUCCCAUAUAAACCAUCCGUUACUACCUCUCGGAGAAACAUAUCAUCCUUCUGUUUUCAUAUUCAGCUUUGUGUAUAUGAUGAACAAUCCAGAAUGGGAAACAAUAAAUCCAUGUAUUACCAACUUUUUACUUAAUUUUUUUUUUCUUUUCAAACAAGAUACCAUUACAUCAGAGCUAUGUCAAGCUGAAGAAGCAGAGAAAAGAAGAGCUAAAAGAAAUUACAGACAAAAG